UUAUCUGCCUGUGCAAACAGCCUCUGCGGGGGGAAGAUAACGGGGGGUGCUGCGGGUGCUGGCAUUUGGAGGGGAGCGGCUGGGAGAGGAGCCCGAGGGUCACUUGUGCCCGUGUCCGUGUCCGUGCUGUGAGGGUGGGAGGAUGCUGCAGCGCGCCGGGGGCUGACGCGCGGAGCCGCCGGCCGUGGGGAGCAGGACCCCCGCCGCCCGCCCAUGCUCCCCGCCGGCCGCGGGGGCAGAGCCCCGUGAGGAGCGGCGGCGGGUGCCCCCCUCGCCGCGGCCGCCGCGCCAUGACGAGCCUCUUCCGCCGGAGCAGCAGCAAUGGCAGCUCGCGCGGCGGCUCCUCCGCGCAGGAGCUCAACAACAGCCGCCCCGCCAGGCAGGUCCGCCGGCUGGAGUUCAACCAGGCCAUGGAGGACUUCAAGACCAUGUUCCCCAACAUGGACUACGACAUCAUCGAGUGCGUCUUGAGGGCCAACAAUGGUGCCGUGGAUGCCACCAUCGACCAGCUCCUGCAGAUGAACCUGGACAGCAGCGGCUGCGAUGACAGCUCGGACUCGGAGGACAGCAUCCCCCCCGAGAUCCUGGAGCGGACGCUGGAGCCGGACAGCUCGGACGAGGAGCCCCCUCCCGUCUACUCCCCUCCCGCCUACGAGAGCCAGGAGUUCGGCAGCCGCUACCCCCGGGCGCCGCCCACCCCCCCGCCCAGGACGGACGUGCCGGAGCCCGGCAGCACCGCGGCACCUGGCAGCACCGCGGCACCCGGGCGCUACAGGAACUGGAACCCCCCGCUCCUGGGCAACCUCCCCGAGGACUUUCUCCGCAUCCUGCCCCAGCAGACAGCCGGCGCGCAGGGCUCCCGUGGGCACCGGCAGCCUGAGCCGCAGGGACCGGCCCCGCGGGGCCAGGGCUCGCUGGAGCAGGAGCGGCGCUGGAAGCAGUACCUGGAGGAUGAGCGCAUCGCACUGUUCCUGCAGAACGAGGAGUUCAUGAAGGAGCUCCAGAGGAACCGGGAUUUCCUCCUCGCCCUGGAGAGAGAUCGAUUGAAAUAUGAGUCAAAAAAAUCCAAGUCGAUCAGUGUUGCCGUGAGCAAUGACUUUGGUUUCUCCUCUGUAAUAUCAGGUGACGCAGCCCCAUCCGUGACCAGCGAGGCCGGCGGUGCUGUGUCUGACGAUGCCUUAUUCCGAGACAAAUUGAAACACAUGGGAAAAUCCACACGCAAGAAGCUGUUUGAACUCGCCAGAGCCUUCUCCGAGAAGACAAAGAUGAGAAAAUCGAAAAGAAAACACCUGUUGAAGCACCAGGUGCUGGGGACGGCGGCUUCCACGGCAAAUCUUCUCGAUGACGUCGAAGGACAUUCGUGUGAUGAAGAUUUCCAAGCGCGGAGGCAGCAGCUGCGGGAGGAGGAGGAGACGCCGAAGGAGGGGCAGUAAACGAUCCAGUGCUGGGUUUGUGGCUGGCACAGAACAUGCACAAGGCUUCAUCAGAAGAGGGCUGAAAAAGGAAAAAGUCUUACCCAACAAACAACCCAGACUUUUGGCUGUCUCCCCUCCGCUGCAGUACUCCUCUGAAGUACAAGUAUUGAAGUGAGGCACAAUGUUUUCUUAACAGCAGUUUGAGAACAACUUCUAUCUAGCAAAUCAGCCAAAAAGGAAAAUAAAAAAGGAAGAAAGCAGCGGGCAGCUGCUGGAGCUGCUGGGAGCGGUGGAGCUCGGCCUGGAGCAGCGGCCGCCUGCUCCCGAGCGGCGUCGCAGAGGAACGAAAAUCAGUUGUACUAACGAGGAUGCGUUCACACGUGGGAUCUGCUCGGCCGGAGCACUCCUGAACAUAUCUCUGUAGCGACCUGAUGUCAUGUUACUCUGCACACAGGAGAAACAAAACGAACAACAAAACACGUGAGAAAGAACCUAACAGCCUUGUCUACUACUGCUAGGAGUAACGAGCAGAGAUUCAGAUCAGGUAAUAGUCAAAUAAUAUAAAUUGUUUAUAAAAGGAAAGGCCUUCUUUUCUUAGGCGUUUCACCUUGAAUUAAACCUUUGCCUUCGGCAUUGCUAAAACUGCCUUGAAGUCCGGACGCUGGGUGGGCCGCGGCGUGGCUCACCGCGGGGCGGGACGGACGGACGGACGGACGGCGGGGCAGCACCAUGGCUGGAUCUCGCCUCGGUUGACCCUCGCUGCCGAAGCAGGACGCGUCCGCCGGGUGCGGUGUGCCGGGAUGCCGGCUGGGCGCCGUGGGUGAGCUGCAAAGCCUGGGCUGGGGGUUUGCACCUGAGGCUGCUGGAGGAUUUUCGGCACGGGGAGUUCACACAAGGGCUCGCGGGCGCUGCCGGGUUCGGCGCGGGGUCCCGUGGCGGGGACAGCACCCGUCCCCGUGCUGCGGGGGCUGCGGGCAGCGCUUGAACCACUACAGCUUUUGGAGAUGCUGUCAGGCUAAAAAUAAUUACGUAAACAAAUCCCUUCCCUGCGUAAGUAAUGAGUGAUGAGUGUAAAGUCAGAAAUCGCUCCCGCCAGCACAUUUUCUUCUCCUUUAUCGACAUAAUCUGUUUACUGCGAAAUGCGGGAGGUGGCUACAGACGCGCCUGUUUCUCUUUCUGGCUCCUGCGAACCAGCACAAAUGUUGCAAGCGUGGAGCUGCGAAGGCGGCAGACGCAGGAGCCGCAGCCAUCAAACACGCACGCAACUGUUUUCCCUGCCUCUCGGCGGGGUUUGCUAACAAAAGCCCACAUGGCAGGUGCUGCCUCCCGACCGGCUCCUUUUUAAACCCUCCUGCAGCCCACACGCCUUUGAAGCCAAGAUUUCCAUCCCCACCGGCAGCACAGCCGCGGCACCUGUUGAUCUCCAUGACCAUCACCCCCUCAUGGGGAUCGGUGGGGACCUUGGUCCCCGGUCAGGACUGGGGCUGCUCGGAGGUCUCUGGGGUGCAGGGGCUGGGUGGUGUCUCGUUAGCACAAACAAAGCGCUGCUGGCAGCACCGGGGCUCGGCCAAAGGAUGUGCUGGGCUGGGAGCCCCCCAGGACCCCAGCGAGAUUUGGGUUCCCAAAGUCCAAGCCCAGAAGAUCCACCCCAUGGAGCUAGUCCCAGCUUUGGUGUCUGCUCCUAUUGGAAGGAAGGAUUGGGGAGCAUUGUCCCUUGAGCUGAAGAACUUCACGUUGAAGUUCAAAGAGGCACCGUGCGCUUUGCACCGGCUGCUCGGCACCGCGGUGGUGACGGUCACCAGCAGCGGCGUGUGUCCUCGCGGGCUCGGGUGCCAGCGUGGCUGUGGGCGCAGGGGCUGAGCGUGAAGCUGGGCCUGGGGACAGAAUGUCCUUUAUUCCCUGGGCAGGAGGUUGGUCCCCAGCCGGUGGAGCGGGGAUCCAUCCGCUGGCUCGGGGUCUGUAGGAAGCUGCCGUUAUUCCCUCCCAGCCCGGAGCGGCUCUCUGCAUAUUUGGAAGAAAAUCAAGCUUGGAAGCGGAUUAGCUUGUCAGUGUUCCAGCGCCUCGGAGCUACCAAGGGCUUCACUUCCAGUGGCGCUUCCAUGAGUGCGGGAAGCACCGACAGGGCUGGGGAGGGAAAUUCUGCUCCCAGCUGGGAGGGUGUCACCGGGGCUGCGCCGGUGCCGGGUGAAGCACUUGUGCCAGGCGGCACCUUCCCUGGGGGGUUUGCUGUGCCGAGCCGCGGCUGCGGGGAUGGCGCUGAGCUCUGCGGCGCUGGGCAAAGCCACGUUUCGCAUCACAUCCCUGGUCAGUCCUGCUGGAACCCCCGGCAAUGCCACUGGUCCCGCUCUGUGCACGUCAGCUCACGUCACCGCCGCGUCGUCUUUGGAGCUGAGCCGUCGUUUGGUGGUGGCCACACGCGCCAGCCACGGAGGGUCCUGUGCCAAAAGCGGCACCGCAGCCGCGAGCCGCGGGCUCGGGGGCGGAUUUGCUAAUGCCAUCGAACAACUUGCCCCAAAAUACCCUGGGCUGGGCAAAGCCACGCUGAAUGAGGUCGCUCUGUAGCCAUUGCAAAUUAUCUCGGAGGCACAAAGCGUCGUUUUAAUGGAGGAUGAAGAGUGAUUGUUUUUAUGUCAUUUAAGGAAAAAAAAAAUCAGGUCUAAUGAGUAGAAAGGCCACUAAAACCGGCUUGGAAGCCAAAAUGCAUUUCUUACAUUAAAAUGUACAAUUCUCAGUGACGUUUGUAUCAUUCUAUACAAAAUGGUUGAAAAAGAACACAACAAAACAAAUCCGUGACGUUUGUAAGUGUUGCUAUUUUAGAAUUUAUUUCCGUAAGUGAUAUUUUUCUUAAAGAUCUUUAAUAGUAAUUCACAUAAUAAAGUCCCGUUGUACUCUUAA